AUGGAUUCUGAGCAAAUACACCCGAUAUUCGAUUUUUCUUCAACCAAAUUGUUUGUUCCUCUUCCUAGAGCUAGGGUUUCAACAGUUCUAAGCACAACACCACUCAUAUUGCGAAAUUCAGAAAUGGCGCAUCUAUACAAAAGUAGACUCCAAAACUAUGCACAAAAGAAGAACAUUACUUUCCCUGUGUAUGCCUGUGAGAUGCAAGGCCCACCCCAUGCUCGUCUCUUCAAAGCACGUGUCACCUUAGAUGGAGCUACAUUCGAAGGACCCGAAUUUUGCACCACAUUGAAAGAUGCAGAACAUGCAGCUGCUAAAGUCGCUUUCAUGGCAUUAUCACCAGAUGGAACACAAGAAGAUGAUUGUUUAUACAAGAGUCUUUUACAAGAAUUGGCUCAAAAGAAGGGUCUUCUUCUUCCUGUUUAUGCCACAAAUCGAACUGGCCAACCUCAUAUGCCAUGUUUCUCCUCUACAGUUGAGAUAGCAGGUGAAUGCUAUGCUGGGCAAGAAGCACGGACUAAAAAGCAAGCAGAGAUGAAUGCAGCAAAAGUUGCUUUUAUGGCUCUUACAGAAGGGGGACAAAGAACAAACAAUGCUGCUGUCUUUUCUGACAUCCAGAUUCCGGGAGCUUCUAUUUCUGGAUCUUCCAGCUCACAGACAGUGACAAUCGAUGAUAAAGAAUCUACCCUCGAGCAAACCACUAAUAAAAUGCGGACAAUUUCCAUUAACGACCCUCCCACUUAUCCAAUUGCAAAAGAACCCGAGAAACCAAAAGGAUAUUAUGGAUUGAAGAACUUAGAAGAUGGACUCUAUAUGGCUACAGCUCCUACAGAAGAUAUACAAAAGAAGCAUGCAAUCACCAUGGCGCCAGGUGUCAUCCAUCGACCUCAGCCAAAAACCACAUCGAAUGUUGUUGAUGAAGCGAAAUUGAAUAUCAUGCGGGAAAAUCUCAUAACUCGAGCCAGUCAAGCUCGUGAAGGAUCAGGAUCAGGGUCAAAUGGAAAAAGAAAUCAAUCUUAUGUUAGGGUUGACCUUGUUAAGAAUUCGGGUGGUGCAAUGCCACAAAAAUCCAAGAUUGUGAUUCGAGCACAUGCACAAGGCAUGACGUAUGAGGGUCCCAUCCAUGUUUCUGAUGACGAGUGGGUGGCCAUGAAAGUGAAUGUUGAAGAUGAAGUGUGAUUUGGGACUAUUGCAGAAGGAUCAAAGAUGUUUGUCUAAGAUCAAAUUAGUGGUGUAAUUUCUUUGGGUUUUUGAAUCCUUAUAUUCUAUCACUUUGUAUUCAGGCGUAAGAGUUCUGCAGUGAUAUGAUGAGUUAGGCGGUGAUAUUGUGAACCCAAGGUUAAUACUUCAUAUGUGUAUGCUAGAGAUUGACGAUUUCAACCCAUUUGCUUAUGAAAUGAUCAAUUUGGGUUGAAUUCUCUUACUGGUUGAAUGUGUAAAACAAAUAAAAAGCUAGAAAGAAAGCAUGUUGAAUCAAAAUUUCCACAUGAAUUAUUAGAAUAGAGGAAAUUAUAAUUUGAAGGAAUUGUAAUAUUCACAAGUUUGGUUGGUGGAAAAUGAACUGGGAUUCUAUAAA